GCAGCUGAAAAAGUUGGAUGAAGAUAGCUUAACUAAACAGCCGGAAGAAGUGUUUGAUGUCUUAGAGAAACUUGGAGAGGGUUGAAAAAGUACUCUGGGAUUCAUCAGAAAAAUCAAGCAGAGGAAGGAAGGAAAAGAACAUGAGCUGUGAUGCUCCAAGACAAGCCCAAGACGGUGGAACCCUGCCAGUUGAAUGGCAUCAGUAAAGAUGCAGAUGUAUUCAGCAGAGAACUUGGGAAUUUCCCUCUAAAGAUCCUCUCCUGCUUUCAUCUCAUUGAACUUUUAAAUGACACUACAGACACUUGGAUUUUUGUCAUCCUGACCUAAUGAACCUGGGCAGGUUUCAUGGAACUAGCAUGAUCCUGCAGAAGACCUUCCUUACCUGUGCUACUCUAAUACAAACACCACCGCAUCUUCAGAUGUUCCUUCAGUGAAUGGAUUAUGAAUUCUCAGUGACUUGUGGCUUGUUUUCCAAGUCUUAUGGCAGCGUGUACAAGGCUAUUCAUAAAGAGACUGGCCAGAUUGUUGCUAUCAAGCAAGUGCCGGUGGAGUCAGACCUGCAGGAGAUAAUCAAAGAAAUCUCCAUAAUGCAGCAGUGUGACAGCCCUCAUGUAGUCAAAUAUUAUGGCAGCUACUUUAAGAACACAGACCUGUGGAUCGUUAUGGAGUACUGUGGGGCUGGCUCUGUAUCGGAUAUCAUUCGGUUACGAAACAAGACGUUAACAGAAGAUGAAAUAGCUACAAUAUUGCAAUCAACUCUUAAAGGACUAGAAUAUCUUCAUUUUAUGAGAAAAAUACACCGAGAUAUCAAAGCAGGAAAUAUUUUGCUCAACACAGAAGGCCAUGCAAAGCUUGCAGAUUUUGGAGUCGCAGGUCAACUUACAGACACCAUGGCAAAGAGGAAUACAGUGAUAGGAACACCGUUUUGGAUGGCCCCUGAAGUUAUUCAGGAAAUUGGGUACAACUGCGUGGCAGACAUCUGGUCUCUGGGAAUAACCGCCAUAGAAAUGGCUGAAGGAAAGCCCCCAUAUGCUGAUAUCCACCCAAUGCGGGCAAUAUUCAUGAUUCCUACAAACCCUCCUCCCACAUUCCGUAAGCCAGAGCUGUGGUCAGACAGCUUCAUGGAUUUUGUGAAGCAGUGUCUGGUAAAAAGCCCUGAGCAGAGAGCCACAGCCACUCAGCUCCUACAGCAUCCAUUUGUCAAGAGUGCCAAAGGAGUGUCGAUCUUGCGAGACUUAAUUAACGAAGCCAUGGAUGUGAAACUGAAACGCCAGGAAGCCCAGCAGCGGGAAGUGGACCAGGAUGAUGAUGAGAACUCAGAGGAGGAUGAAUUGGACUCUGGCACAAUGGUUCGAGCUGCAGGUGAUGAGGUGGGCACUGUCCGUGUAGCCAGUACCCUGAGUGACGGAGCCAGCACUGUGACCGAGCACAGUGACACAUUGCCGUCCCAGCUGGGAACCAUGGUGAUCAACACGGAGGACGAGGAAGAGGAAGGAACUAUGAAAAGAAGAGAUGAGACCAUGCAACCUGCAAAGCCAUCUUUCCUUGAAUACUUUGAACAAAAAGAAAAGGAAAACCAGAUCAACAGCUUUGGCAAGAGUGUAUCUGGCUCUCUGAAAAAUUCUUCAGAUUGGAAAAUACCACAGGAUGGAGACUAUGAGUUUCUUAAGAGUUGGACUGUGGAGGACCUUCAGAAGAGGCUCUUGGCCCUUGACCCCAUGAUGGAACAGGAAAUGGAAGAGAUCCGGCAGAAGUACCGGUCCAAGAGGCAGCCAAUCCUGGAUGCUAUUGAAGCCAAGAAGAGGAGGCAACAGAACUUCUGACAACACCAGCCCAGGCGGCUUCUGGGUCGCUAGUCUCACGUCUGUUAGCCAGCACUUCUGCUCUGUCAUUUCUCCACAGCACCUUUGUGAACUCAGGAAUGUGCGCCAGUGGGAAGGGCUACCUUGACAGUUGUGCCAUCUGGUGUAUUUACAUGGGCAGGAUGUGUCUUGAAGGGUUUGUAUUGGCGCUUUUAACUCAGAAUUUUAGACCUCAGAAACAGAGACUCCUAGUUGAGUGAUAGCUGGGAAAAUUUUACAUUGCCUCUUUUUGCUUUCCUUCUUGUAAUAGUUUUUGGUUGCUCUCUCUGGAAGACUUUUUAAAAAAAAUAUAAAUAUGCAUAUAUAUAUAUAAAUUAUAAAUAGAUUCCCCACUCUGUGUGGUGGCAUCUCUGUACAGGUACAGUUUCAAACACUUCACCUCUUUCCUGUGAGAUUAUGGUACUGUGGAGCAAGAGAGCAGAGGACACUGGAAGGCACUUUAGGUGGUCACUGAAUCCCAGGAGUCAACCUCAUCCAUUGCAGGGCUGCAUGGAAAAAUUAGUCUUGCGAUGGUUGUGCCACAGCAGUGAUGAGCCUCAUGGUCCUCACUGGCCUCCGAAGCUAUUGGUGAUGCCAGGGAAAGGCCCGGAGAACUUGAGAUUGCUCGAGUCCUAGGAGAAGCCUGGCACCCUCUUUGCAAAUUAGCCUUUGCUGUUUCAAUGCCUUUCAUCCAUUCCCCACUUUCCCAGCGGCCUAAAGUCACAUCCCAGAUACUGCUUAGUGCCUUAAGAGGGGACACAAUCUGGUGAAAGGACAGGCCUACCAAGAACUAUCCAGCAAAUAGGGCUGAGAGCAGUCCAGAGAAAAGAGAAGGUUUUUGAAGAUCUCACUGUUAGUGUGAAAAAUCACAUGUUGCUCUGCAUUUCUUAUAUACAGGGUAAAGGGCAUUGCUUUUGUGGUCCACAUUCAAUUUAUGUGUUGUUUUAUUUCUUCAUUCACUGUGGAGGGUCUGGCAAGGGUCUGAGACUUGUUCAUAGGAGGCUUAGCUGGACCCAGAAUGCCAGAGCUUGAAGGGACCAUAGCAGUGGGUGCGUCUGACCUGUGUUGUGUGAGUGGGAAAGUGAGGGGAGAGGUGACAUUGCCAAUGUCACAAAUGGAGUUAGAGUAAAAGCAGGGAUUGGAACUCAGGACUCCUCUCUGGGGCCACUGAACCAAGAGCCUCUUCAACAAGAGAAUGAAACUACCUGCGCUCAUCAUGAUGUCCCAGGCUCUCCUGCUUUGUCUCGCCUCCUUGGUACUGGAGACGCUGUGGAAAGUCUCCCCAGAGGAGCCAUGGUGCCCAUUCUCAGCACACCAAUGGGUUCCUUGCAUUGUCUCCAGAUACAGACGGGGGAGGGGCACUCCUGCAAGGCCUGAAGCAGGGUAGACAGUUAUGGACUUGUGCCCUGCACCUUUGCCUCAAAACUGCAGUCCAAAGAAACUGGGAAAACAGUUGCCCUUUUAUUUUCUUCUAGUCUCUUCUCUCUGAUGGGAGCCACGAUUGGGUUGCACCCGAGGACACUGAAAUCCAACCCCAUAAUUGCUUUUGUUCCCUAACCUGAGAGUCGAUAAAAGGAAGGGGAUAUUCUCCUCUGUGACCAGAUUCUGUUCUUUGCAGUUAAAGCAAGCUUUAAAAAUGCAAGAGGCAGCUGGUCUGCAAGACUUGGCUAGCAAAGGAACUACGUGGCAGAGAGAAUUAGAGGACACUUUGAGGAUCUUGCUGGAAUGGUAAAUGGCAGCUAGCAUUCCCUGGGGAGCAAGUUUCACACACUGAGCCAGGUGCACUGCAAGUUUCAUAGUAAACCUGUGGGCUCAUUAAGUUACUUCUCUUCUGAUGAAACUGAGUUUGAAAGAUUCCUUUCCCACGACACUGCAUCUGGAUGCAUGACAUCAUUCUGUGAGGGUAGUCACAAAAACAGGAAAGUCCUCCAUGCUUAGACCGAAGUGGCCAUGGCUUCUUAACAAGGCCAAGUCUAAGCGAUGUUUUUCUAGGUUAAAAACCAGCUGAAUUAAUAGUUAAUUUCCCCAAUCAAGUAAGCUUUUAAGAACCCAGAGCACCAGGCAUGCAUAAUGUUUGUGCUACCUAACAGCCCAGCGUUGGAGCUCUUUCCCUCGAAGAAAAGUGCUUUGGGCUGGGCCAGACAGAAGGAGAAAGCCUCAACUCUGUUCUGAAGCAAGAUCCAAGCACAGGCAAAUAGUUCUGGUCUAUUUGUGACUGUUCUGCAGCUGUGAACCUAGAUCUGGAGUUUAUUUGGUUUCAAGCAUGUCUGCACCGUGCAGCUUGGUCCAGCAGUCAGCUGCUCAGUGGUCCAGUAGGAGAGAGCGUUCUGGAUCAACGGAAUUUCCUGGCAAGGUGUAUGCCUUGUCCAGUGACAGGCAGGGAGCAAGUCAUCUUUCCCUUGAGGACCAACUCCCAGGGAUCACAUCUUGUGUCCUUUGAGCUUGAACAUUUGUGACUCAGCUCUCUGCUUCCAAGAAGCCAUGACCCACACUUAACUUCUCUUUUAAAGAAAACAAACAGAACCUCAUAGUCUCUGAAAAUGUUUUAGUUAUGCCCCCAUUCGUAAAUUUGGAGCACAUUUCCAUUUUUAAUUUUUCUCAUGUUGUUUCUUCAGCCCCAGUUAACUGGGCGAGAAUCAGAGUGGCUGGGAGUGAGAAGGUUGUUGGGCUAGAGGGUAGAUAGGAGUGGCAAUCUGAAGCCUCAGGCAUUGAGUCAUUGACACUGUAGAGUAGCAUGUGGCAGACGCCAAAAAUGUAGAUUGCCACUUAACACUCAGUGCCCCCCCCCCCCGUAAUGUCAGGAAUGAAAGAGAUGGCGUCACUGCAGAUCCUGCAGACGCUCAGAGACCAAUAGCAGAAUAUUGUGAGCAGCUUCAUGCUAAUAAAUUCACCAAGCUUCCCCGAAGAAGAAAUGGACAGUCUGAACAGCCAGCCCCCUUUCUACCAAAACCUGGUAGCUCUGAGAGAUACCAGCAUCUCUUCCCUUUAUGGACCAGGAAGGGGCUCCGAUAGUGCCUAUUCCUCAAGGUCAUGCCAGCAGAGUGUAACAGAGUCCAGUUCUCACUCCACCGUCCUUCCCAGCGUACCGUGCGGCCUCUAAAGAUUGCAGUUUUGGAGAAGUUGUUCCUGCCCAAGCCAUACCCAUCACCCUCACCCUUCUUUUGAGCACUGUGUUUGUAAUUUUAUUAGAAUUACAUGCAUCAUUUUUGCAAUCCAUGUUCUUUGGGUUUAGGGGAAAGUCUCUUCCACCAGCCUGCACUCAGACCAACUUGGAGGGGGAAAAAAAAAUCUUAAAUGCUGUUGCUGAUGUACAAUUUAAAAAUGUGAAGUUUGUAGCUUUAAUGUUUUGUAACAAAAACUAACAACACUGGCUUAAAAUGCUGACUUGAAAUGCUAUUUUGUAAGGUUUGGAUGUAAAUAAUGAGGGUCAGCGGUUUGUACAUGUGUGAGACAUAGCAUCUUCCACUGCUGUUUGUCUUUAACUUGGGGUCCAUUCUGUGUGCUUUUAUGUGAGAGUUGUUCCCCCUCAUUCCUCCCCAGCACCUGUGACCUUUGUUUCCAAUAAACUGUCCUUUAGACCACA